GCCUUCGCGUCUCUGCGACUCCGGCUCCUGCUCCCCAGCCGGCUGCCUGCGCUACACCCAAGGCCGCCGCGCCCUGGACGAAGACCGGGCCUAUGUACCAGAAACAAGGACAUCUUGGGACUGACAGUUAUGCAGAAUGGAGAAGGACAAAGCCGCACAGUUGCUAACUCCUGCCUGCGUGAAGGCCAUCAUCUCCAGGGUUGAGACUGCCCAGCUUGCUCGGGCUCAGGAGGAUAUUUCUACCCAGCUCUCAGACAUCUUGGACAAUGUCAAUGGUGUCAUCAACCGCUUCCAGGAAGAAGUGGGAUAUGAUUUAAAAGAAAAGACAAAAUCUUACCAGGUGGAACAAAAGGGCAAGAAGAGAUUCAUCUUGUUAGAGAAAAUUGCUUCCUUCUCCAAAGAUGCUAAGACUAAAGAAAAGCACCUGAAUGAAAUCCUCCGCUGGCUGGGUGACUGGGGUGACAGUCUGACCUACGAGAUGAGGAACAGGAAGAGUGAGGAGGAAGAGGAAGCCAUGAAUGAAUGGGUUGAAGUAAUAGAGAAAGUGCUACCUCUCUCCCUCAUCACCACCAAAGGAGGCAUAGAGUCUCUGGUUUCUCUUUGUUCCGCUCUCAUUGAAGAACAAAAGAAAAGGUCACAAAUGCCCAAACACAUCUUCUGGCAGGGCUGGUGGGAGAAAAGCCCACAGAAAUCUUCACCUCAUCCUCAGCCACUGAGCCCAGAACAGAUGCUCCAGGACAAGCAAGCCACCUGUACGAAAGUCUCCGAGGUGACAUCCAUGUUGCAGGAGCUCCUGGACUCCACCAUGUUCAAUCAGGGAGAGGUCAAGGCCAUCAAGUACAUGUUAACUGUAGUAGAGAACCUCAACAAAGCCUUGAUCCUCCAGCACAAGGAGAACAGGAACCUGGAAACCAAAUACAAGUGCUUGCAGAUAGAGAUGGCCACAGAGCUCAGCACCCAGAGGCUGCACUUCCAGAAGUCCAUCCAAGACCUUGAGGGCAAGAGGGAUGCUCUCCUAAAGCAGGUAGCGAUUCUAGGUGGGAAGUGCCAUGACCUUGUUCUGACAAAACAUGCCCUAGAGUUCCAGUUGAAGAAGAUUCAGAUUGCUAGAGGUCCAGCUGGAGAUCCAGCUGAGGUGUCUCCGGACUCCCCAGCCGCCCCUGAGGAAAAAACCCUUCCACAAACAGGAGCAGUCAUGGAGGAAGCCCAACAGCAGCCCAGGGAGGAGGAACACUUGUUUUUACCACUUUCCUCAAGUCCCAUGGCCAGAGCCUGGGACAGUAGGGUGACACCUUUAGCAUGCCUGUCGCUCUCCACGAUGAGUGUGCAUUCAAGGACCACAGACGUGUCCUUGAAGGACACCGAGAUCCUUGAAGAUCACAAAUUUCCUACAAAAUGGAAGAGACUGGUGGCAGAAGGCCCAGUCCACAAAGAUAAAAAACAAGGGGACCACUUCCCAGAAAAGGAAAGAGUCCAACUUAAGCUGCAUUUUAGGAAGCACCUGUCCCCAGGGAGCUCCGGAGAGGUGCUCUUAGAGAGCCCAGUGGGGCACUGGGAAGAGGAGCUCUGCUGGCAGAUUCGGAGGCAGCAGUGGCUACAGGAGGAGGAAAUGUGGCUGCAGCGGCAUAGGGAGUGGGCCCUGCUGGAGCAGGAGCACCAGGAGAAGCUGCGGCGAUGGGAGAUGGAGGCAGCUACCAGACUGCAGCAGCAGACACUCGCCUGGCCAGAAGAGGAACGACAGCGACUGAGGAGGGAGCCGAUGGGGCCGAGGGAAGACACUGAGAAACUGAUCUUCACAACCACCAAUCAGCGGAGGAACUUGGAAAAGGCAGAGCCUCCCCCAAGCCGGACCCAGUCUGCUUGCCAAGCAAGGAGGCCAUCAUUGCCCAGGUCCUCCCAUCCCCAGCAGCCGGGCCCAGGAAACCAGAGGACCAUGAGUUCAACCGAGUAUACCCACAUGCCACAGGCCAGCCGUGUUCCCAGCAAACCCAAGAAAUCCACCUCCUCUCCUGUCACUGGGACAUCCAUCCGAAGGGUGACUCGGCCCUCGCAAAGACCUCCGGUCACCCCUAAGGAGAAAGUGUACCACAUGGGCAUGGAGGCCCAGAGGAAGAACCUGCAGCUCCUGAGUGGGGAGCCCAGGCUGGGGCUGCCACAUUACCUGCACAGCAAGGCCUUGGAGCUCACCACCACCACCAUGGAGCUGAGUGCGUGCAGGCUACCAUACCUGUGUCACAAGUAUGUCCUCUAUAGACACUUUCGGAGCCUCCGACAAGCAGUGAUCAACCACAUGCAAGUCAUGGGAGAAACGAGGGCGCCCAAUGCGGCCCAGAGCCUCCAAGUCCUCCUGGGAAACAUUGACCGCCAGCAGAGGCUCAGGCUGCAGGCCUGGACGGACAAACAGAAGGACCUGGAGGAGAAGCACAGGGAGUGCCUGAGCAGCAUGGUGACCAUGUUCCCCAAGCUCCGCCUGGAGUGGAACGUUCACCUGAACAUCCCUGUGGUCAUCUCAAAGCCGAAGAAAUGCAAGUCACCACCAGCCUUACUCCGGCGGAUCUACUCCAGCAGCCCCACCUGCAAGCAGUCUUUUCCACCCAGGCAUCGGGAAUGUGUGCCUCUCUGGACAACCAGCCAACAGGGGACCCAGACAGAGGCCAUCUGGAAGACUGAUGUGGCCUCUUCUAGUCACCCAGUAGAAAAAAAGACCCCUGUCAGCCUGUCCUGGGACCAGCUAGGGGGAUACCCAGAUAUGCCCAGGCUGUUAGCAAUGGAAGAACAUUCUUCCUACCAUGGAAACUUGACGUCCCUCAAGGUCUGUGCCUCCAUGACCCAGAGGAAGGAAUGCCAGCAACGCACAGAGCAGCCAGCUGAGCUUGUCUGCAGAAAGUUGAGCCGGUCACUCCCUGGAACCCUGCAAAACCAAAAGGAGUAAAACAGCUACACUCCCCAUUUCAUCCCUUAGCUAGGGAUUCUCAAACUUCAGGGGAACUAAAAAUCACAUGGAGACUUGUUCCAAAUACAGAUUCCUAGCUGGUGCUUUUAAACAAACACUGAGUGUUUCUAAAUCUUUGUAGAACUUUGAGAAACACUUUUUUGUUCUUGAGUACGCAAACUGUACACUUUAAUAAAAUAGAGAUUACGUUAAAACCUUAUAUUUGCUGAAA